AUGUCUGACACCGAAGUUAUCGAAGAAGUUCCCCAACAAGAAACCCAAGACCAAUCUGUGUCGAUCGAAGACUGCCUCAAGGUUGUCUUGAGAACCUCGUUGGUCCACGACGGUUUGGCCAGAGGUUUGAGAGAAGCCUCGAAGGCUCUCUCGAAGAGAGAAGCUCAACUCUGUGUGUUGUGCGACUCGGUCACCGAAGACUCGAUCAUCAAGUUGGUCGAAGCCUUGUGCAACGAACCCGAACAAAAGAUCCCCUUGAUCAAGGUUUCGGACGCCAAGUUGUUGGGUGAAUGGGCCGGUCUCUGCCAAUUGGACAGAGAAGGUAACGCCAGAAAGGUCGUCGGUGCCUCGUGCGUCGUCGUCAAGAACUGGGGUGCCGACUCCGAAGAAAGAAACGUGUUGUUGGAACACUUCUCGCAACAAUAA